UGUUAGCUACUUGAUUUUUAUACUAUAUUAUAGUUUAUAUAAGCUAUAAUAACGUGAUAAAACAUGUCAAACAUUCUUAUUUAAAUGGUUAUGUAUUUUAGAACAUUUUAAAAUAUGUGGCUUAAUGCAGCAGACUACAAUUAAAUGGUUUUUAGCGUAGCAAAAUCAUUUUUCCAAUGAUACAAAAAUACUGCAAUAUCAAAAAACUUCUCAAGUUUUCGUCUGUGAACAAAAAGACAAUUUUCAUUAGAAUUCUGGAAAAUGAAAAUCGAUGAAUUACGGAGUAAACAUAAACAUUUAGAUUUCAGUAGGUGUUUUGCAAGUAGCUCUAAUGGAUAAUGUGUUGGCAGCACUGAAAUAUCUGACAGCCGGUUUAAGGUUAUGUCAUCUGUUUUGUUGACAUUUGGGCAUCUCAAGUCUCAUGUCGUACAAAGACGAUUCGCCGGCCGAGCUCGAAUCGCAGUUCAUCUUGCGGUUGCCGGCGGAAGCGGCCAAAAUUUUACGUGAAGCCAUACGAAACAACAGUACACUUAAAGACAGACUAACUAUAAAAAUCGAAAAUGACAUGCGACAUGGUGAAGUGCGCGUCGACCAGUAUGUUAUGUCUGCGAAAGUGGUCGAUUUACCCACUAUUGUUGAAUCACUUAAGACAAUUGAUAAUAAAGGAUUUUAUAAAACGGCUGACAUUUGCCAAAUGUUGAUAUGCAGAGAUGAAGAUGAUCAAACAACUGAUGAAGACUCUCCACAAAAGACAAAGAAGAAAGAUCCAAAUAAAGUUGAAAAAAAGUACUUACUACCACAUGGAAUGACGCCGCCCAUGAAAAAUGUAAGAAAGCGUAGAUUUAGGAAAACUCUUAAGAAAAAGAAUGUUGAAGCUCCAGAAAUUGAGAAAGAGGUAAAACGAUUGCUCAGAUCAGACAAUGAUGCUGUUAGUGUAAAAUGGGAAGUUAUUAAUGAGGAUGAUGAUAAUAAAGUCAAUAAGGGAACUGUAAUUAAAAAGGAACCAGUGGAACCUGUUAAUCAAAAUGUUGCAGAACAUGAUAUAUUUGGUGGGGCAGUCAGUGAUUCUGAUGAAGAAGAAACACAUUUAAAUGUGAUGGAUUUGGACGAGAACAGUCAGAAUACAGCAGAUGAUAGCCAUUUGAGUGAUUCAAACUCAGUAAUGAACAAUUCUGCAGAGGUAAAACAAUUAACAGAAUUCACAAGUGAAAUGUUCAGAGAGAUGCAAAACUCCCCAACCCUCAUGAAUGAGAUGGAUUAUUAUCAGCAUUCAACAUCCAGUAUGACUUAUUCUGAGAAUAUAUCAAAGGGAAAUAUUGAGAGUAGAAUGGAUCAAAUUCACAAAGAACUUGAGAUGCUGAAAGCACAGCAACAUCAACAGGAGACUAAAAUUGAAAGUGUUGAGAAUUUGGCUUUGAGGCACAGAUUCCAGGAGAGUUUGCAACAGUUAUUACAAAAACAACUUGAAAAAGAACAAGAGCUCUAUGAUUUACAAGAAUUAUUGAAAAAUUAUGAGUAAUUUACAGUAACAGGAAUAAUUUAAUUAUAUUUUUAUUUAUAUUAUCUUGCAGAUAUCAAUUUUUACAUAUUAUAUAAAACUGUAGGAUUAAUUUAUAUAUUAUAUAAUAUAGCAUAUUAAUUUACAUUUACAUAUUUUAUUCCUUUUUAUCAAGUUUAGAAGAUGUAAUGUCUAUAAAGAAUAUUUAAUUAAGUUGUACUUUUUAAUAAUUCAUGGUAAAUUUCAAUUGUCAAUUUAAGCCAAUGGAAAAUUGUAUUCUAUUUCUUUUUGUCAAGUCUAGAAGUUGUAAUGUCUAUAAAGAAUAUUUAAUUAAGUUGUACUUUUUAAUAAUCAUGGUAAAUUUCAAUUGUUGAUUUAAGCCAAUCGAAAAUUGUAUUCUUAUUCUUCUUCUGCAUCUUUUAUAUUUACACUUUAUAUACUUUUUAUUGCUACUAGAAGAUUAAUGUAUAUAAGCAAGCAUCUGGUAUAAUUAUUAUGUGUGCCUAAGGAUUAUACAAUUAAGAAUGAAUUUAUUAUGUGUAUAUUUUGUUAUUUUAUUGAAAAAUAAAUAUUGUGCGCAUUAUUAUAUU